AUGAUUCCAAAUCGCCCCUUACCCAUCUCCGGGGCAUGGGAGACACCCGAUGCCUACACCGAGGCACUGCUCUCCUUCGCUACCACCUCGGUCCUCUUCAUGAAUUUGUGUGGAGGCGUGCAUAUGGUCGAUUUUCUCACACGCGAGCCCGAUGUCUACACAACAACUCUUCCAGAGGAAUGGAGGGAAUUUUUCCAACACCAUGAUGUUCAAGACAUCAUCCACCUACUUCUACGGGAAGAAAUUGGCCCACUACGAGCCGCGACCCAGCCUGUAGAAGGAAGCAGCCGUACUUGGAGAGGAGGGGCAUUUCCUCCACAAAGCCUUUUAGACUACAUUUUCAAUGUGCGCCAACUGGCGCUCCUACGAGAUUUGGAUACAUCAUCAGCCAGCCAGACCGAAUUGCCAUCGCAGGUUGUCAUGCGUAUGAAUCGCAAGAAAGUACAUGAAGUUCGCCACUUCUCCCAAUAUGUCGCAUCCCUGUCACAAACUGUUUAUGAGCGCCGAGGUGAACCGGUAUCUCAUAUCGUGGACUUCGGCUCUGGACAGAACUAUCUUGGACGGACGCUGGUCAGCCCUCCUUACCACAAGCAUAUCAUCGCGAUUGAGCGGAAGCAUGAGUAUAUCAGCGGCGCUAGAACGAUGGACGUUCGAGCGAAGUUGGCAAAGGACCCCAAAGCUUAUGACCGACAAAAGCAGAAAGACUCAUGCGAUUGCCAAAACGAUACACCAGAGCUGAUUGCCACCGCAGCGACGAACGUGUCUCCGCCAAUUUUGCAGGACUUGCAGAUCACAGAAGAUGUGUCUAAUCUUGAGGUUCUCGGCGAUAUCAGUCUCAGCCCCGGUGAAUUACUUGGACCAACUGUCCAAAGAGGACAGUUGCCGGAGAAAAAGUCCAGUGCACGCGGCACUUUAAGCUAUGUUGAACACGAGGUUCAAGAUGGCUACCUGGAGCCCGUCAUUGAGCAUAUCAUUCAUCCAGAAUCCAAUGACGGUGAAACGAAGAAAGAACGCGAUGCUAGAUUAAUGGUCGUUUCUCUACACUCCUGUGGAAACCUUGUCCAUCAUGGGAUACGCUCAUUGAUUCUGAACUCUUCCAUUGUAGCUGUUGCUAUGAUUGGCUGUUGUUACAAUUUAUUGACGGAACGAUUGGGUCCCAGCGAGCAUGAGCUACCCGUCCUUCAAUCCCUCCACCCUCGACUCAAAGAAGCGGGAUCUUCAUACGACCCACAUGGGUUCCCCAUGUCUCAAUACUAUGAGAAUUAUCGAAGUCCUGGAGCGACAACAGGCAUGAAGCUUAACAUUACAGCACGUGCGCUUGCCGUACAAGCACCAUACAAUUGGAGCCAGGAAGAUAGUGAAACCUCUUUCACUCGCCAUUUCUUCCGCGCUCUUCUUCAGCGCAUUCUCGUUGAUCGAAACGUCAUUCCCAAGCCCUCGGCAGAGAAUGAUGCCUUAUACGAGGCAGCACACCCCAAACAUAAGGGCGACUCCAUUAUCAUUGGAGGGGUGUCUAAAGGCGCUUACAAAACUUUCAAUGCAUAUGUUCGUGCAGCCACGAUAAAGAUGAGCUGUGAUCCGAAUUAUGGCUCGAAGGUGCAGCAGCACAUUGCGACCUUGACAGACGAAGAGAUCGAUGGAUAUGAAACCAACUACCUCUACGCGAGGAAACAUAUGAGUAUCAUGUGGAGUCUGAUGGGAUUCAGUGCACAGCUUGUUGAGUCCAUCAUUGUUGUGGAUCGGUGGCAAUUUCUACGUGAACAAGAUUCGGUCAAAGACUGCUGGGUUGAACCAGUGUUCGAAUAUGGCCAGAGCCCACGAAAUCUGGCAGUCAUUGGACUCAAGAAAUGA